UCGGUACGACCACAACUCCCGUAGUGCCCUGCACAGAAGCUGGACUACAUCUCCCGUCAUGCGCCGCGCACAUUCUUAGCUGGGCUGGCAGCACCGCUACGAUGAUGGUGGCUGCGGCUGCUGAGCGAAACAAGGAGCCCAUCCUGUGCGUGCUCCGCCAGUAUAUGGAUCCUGCCCGGCGCGGCGUUCGCGUGCUCGAGGUGGCCUCGGGCUCCGGCCAGCAUGCCGCGCACUUUGCGCAUGCUUUCCCUCACGCCGAGUGGCAGCCUUCAGACGUGGACCAGCGCUGCCUGGACAGCAUUGCCGCCACCACCCAAGGGUUGUCCAAUGUGAAGGCCCCGCUGUACUUGGACGUCACCUGGGAGUGGAAGCAAUGGGGCGGGAUACCGCCGCAAUCGCUGGACCUGUUGCUCUGCAUCAAUAUGAUCCACAUCAGCCCCCUGAACUGUACUGAGGGACUCUUCAAAGCAGCAGGACAGCUGCUUAAGACCAAAGCUGUGCUGAUCACCUAUGGGCCCUUUGCAGUCAAUGGGAAGAUCUCUCCCCAGAGCAACGUGGACUUUGACUUGACCCUCAGAUUCAGGAACCCAGAGUGGGGUCUUCGUGACACAGCUCUCCUGGAGAAACUAGGCCAGGCCAGUGGCUUGGUCCUGGAGAGGAUGGUGGACAUGCCAGCCAACAACAAGUGCCUGAUUUUCCGGAAAGAAUAGACUAUUCCCUGCCUCC